AAACAUUCAUUUACAGAGUACCUUCAAUAUUUCUGCCAGAAAUCAAAUAACAUACCAAUCUUUUGAUCAAGGUGCCACAACAGAGUCAAGCUUUUCUGUCUCAUCAGCUUCUCAAUAUCAUCAACAAUCCAAUGUUUGUGGUGGGAGUAGUUCUUUUAACUGGUUCCCAGAUUGUAGGAGUUCUAAUAAAGAUAAUUCCUCAGAGUCUUCGUUAAAUCCUUAUUACGCAGCUCAACCAAUCGGCCAACCUCUAUCCCAUGAGCUUGUUCUCACACCUUGGCAAGCUGAAAAGAUUUUAUUGCAUUGUGGAUUUCAAAAAGAAGACUUGAAUGAACUCAUGAAGUACCCUGACGAGGAAACUACAGCUGAGAAGCUACCCUACACUUUACAAAAGAUUCGUAUGAAGAAUGCCGACAGAGCUUUACCUGCGUCCACAUCAGACUCUACGUCUCAACCAAGUUCAAGUGGAAUUGUUAGUUUGAAAAAGCCAACAAUAUUUCAUGACGAACCACCAUCAGUCAGUUUUCACACAUCUGGGGAUGAACAAACAAAUUUUGAGGAUAACUCUGUUAAGAACUUUCUCAAUAAGGCUCAAAGUUGUGGAUUCACUGUGGUGAUGAACAAUGACGCUAGCAGUCAGGCUAAAAGAGUGUCUGAAAAAUGCUUAGAGUUAAACACCAGUGGUUCCACUUCUUCACGUGACCAGCUGGGCUCUAUUACCUGCUUGAGCUCAGCAAGGAAUGUUGUAGCUCCGGCCCAACAGGUGGAAACUCAAUCAAACCAGACUUUGCAAUCGAGCAUCCCGGCCUUUUCUCAACAAAAUAAAAGCAGGGUCAUUGUAUCACCAAAGUCUGGCCUCUGUGCUUCUCCACCUGUAAAAGCUCCAACCCACCCAUUUACAUCAAAACAGUCAACGAUCACAAAGACGGCACCACAGAAGCUCCUUCAGAAGCAGUCACAAUUGACGAUCACACAAGCUGUGCAGCCUGCAGAGCCCACUUCUUUGAGACAAGUUCCUGCUCCCUCUUUCACCCCCACUGUUGUAGAAGUUUCACAUCCUGUUCUACCUUCUGGCAACAAUAUUGUUUCUGUCCCAACCGUGGAUCUGGUCAAGACAACUGAUACACAAGGAUCCAAGCACCAGUCUCCAGUAAAACCUGCAACCUUCCAGGGUUUGCCGUCACUAGCCAAGAUGCAUGACUGUACUGCGAGCAAACCAAGGAAGUUUCCACGUACCUGCUCUUUAUGCAAGACCAGCUGUUCUCAAUUGAAGGAUUGGACUGACCACCAGCAAUCCAGUCUACACGUUGGGAACUGCAAACGUCUUCGGGAACAAUACCCAGAGUGGGAUGGCAAAGUACCAGGGCAAAGUGAUCCCAUUAGAAGUGCCAAGCUUUCUUCCUCAACUCCAGACCACACUGCCCAUGAUCACAAAAAGAAAACCAGUGAUGGGACUCAUUCCCGGUCUUGCUCUCACAGCCCACGCUGCAGAAGCACCACUUCCAGCAGUAGUUCUACAUCUAAAAAUCCUCGCAAAAGAACUUCCACCAGCAGUAGUUCUCCCUCUAAAAGUCCUUAUCGACGCGAUAGUUUUAGGCGUAGAAGGACCAUUACCAGCAGUAGUUCUCCCUCUAAAAGUCCUUAUCGACGCGAUAGUUUUAGGCAUAGAAGGACCAUUACCAGCAGUAGUUCUCCCUCUAAAAGUCCUUAUCGACGCGAUAGUUUUAGGCGUAGAAGGACCAUUACCAGCAGUAGUUCUCCCUCUAAACGUCCUUAUCGACGCGAUAGUUUUAGGCGUAGAAGGACCAUUACCAGCAGUAGUUCUCGCUCUAAAAGUCCUUAUCGACGUGAUAGUUUUAGGCAGAGACGGGCCAUUACCAGCAGUAGUUCUUGCUCUAACAGCCCUCGUCGACGCAGCAGCUCUGAAGGUCGAAGGGGAAAACAGAACAACAGGAAACAAUCACUUCACAGCCCCAGGCACAGUCGCAGGUCUAGAUCUACAUCUCCAAGGCGGCACAACCGCCACAUUUUCUUAGACUCUCCAAGACAUUUAAGUGAUUGGGAGAGACGAUUGUCACCAAAAAGAAGGUUUAAGACUCUUGGUUCACCAAGAAGGAGCUCUGAUAUACCAUCGUCUCCAAGAAAAAGUACUGAGAAAUUACGUUUGACAAGGACGGGCCAGGAGCAACUCUCACGUACGACCAGAGAAUGGGAAUAUAGUGAUAAAAAACAGCAGUCGAGCAGGAGUAACAAUCGAUGGUUGUCUCCAAGAAAACUUCUAGUGGUGAAGAGGGAUAUACUUUACCGAUAAAACAGGAAAGUUCAGAUGAAAAGUAUGAGCCAAAAAUAAAGGAAAGCAGUUCAGAAACUGGAGAGAAGACGGAUUGUAAGGACUCUGUUCCUGAUGAAUCUCACACACAUACAUUUGUUAAUAAAACCGACAGAAGAGCCAAUCAAGAUGAAACAAAUCAAGACAAAUCGGCCAUUGUUAUAAGAACCAUCAGUCAAUCAGGGAGAGAUGAUUAUGCUG